UAUCUGUCGCCUUCUUCUCACGUCAUCCGAAUAGCCGACUUUCCCAAAACCGGAGUCCCGCAAAAAUCACCGUCGAAUCCCAAAUCGAUUUCAGAACUUCUAAUCCAACUCGGCCCCGGGAAAUUUCUAGGGUUCUUAAGAAACUCCAAUUCCACCCCCCUCUAAACUAAAUCGCCGGCGCUUUAUUCCCCAGAAAAUCGAUUAACCAUGCCGCAGAGACACUCGAAGAACAACAACGAUCUAGCGUUCUUCACAUACGAUGAGAAGCGGAAGCUCGGCUAUGGAACCCAGAGGGAGCGACUGGGGAAGGACUCGAUCAAGCCUUUCGACGCCUGCAGCCUCUGCUUGAAGCCCUUCAUCAAUCCCAUGUCUUGUCCCAAAGGUCAUGUCUUCUGUAAAGAAUGCAUCCUCGAGUGCCUCCUUGCUCAGAAGAAAGACAUCAUUAGGAAGCAAGCCGCCCACGAGUUACAGAAAAAACAGGACAAGGAAGAAGAACAAGAGAAGUUAGCAGCCCAGCGAGCUCGAGAACUCGACGCAUUCGACCAGCAGAACCACGGCGCAGUCCCACAGUACAGCAACGACAGCCGGAACUCCAACCAAGACAAGAACGGCUUCCACGGUGCAAACAGCGUGAAGACAACCUCGUACGAGGCGGAAGCCCUCCGUACGAUGAAAGCCUUCUGGCUUCCCUCGGCCACUCCGGAAGCCGCCGUGAAGGUAGAAGCCCCGUCCUCCCACACGACAUGCCCCGAGGGGAACGAGAAGCUCAAAAUGAAGAGCCUCUUCCCUAUCUACCUAACCGAGGACACGAGCGAGAGCGACAAGAGCUCUCUCGACAAGAGCUAUCUGUGCCCGAGCUGCAAGGUCACUCUGACCAACACGCUGACGCUGGUCGCUGUGAGCUCGUGCGGACACGUGUUCUGCAAGAAGUGCGCCGACAAGUUCUUGGCGGUGGACAAGGUUUGCUUGGAGUGCAGCAAGGGGUGUAAGGGGAGGGAUUUGGUGCAGCUGGAGAAGGGCGGGACUGGGUUUGCGGGUCACGAUGAGGGUCUUGUGGCGACGGAUUUUAAGCACUUGGGUAGCGGUUCGGGUUUGGGACUUGUGAGGCCUUCUUCGAAAGUUUGAUCAAAUGCGGACCUGGUUUUUGUUUGUUAUGUUUUCUUCAACGAUGUAAUCUCUUUCAUUGGAUUGAAGUGGAGGAAUGCUCGUGAUGAAUUCUUUUUUGGUUAUGUUGCAGGCUCUUUCAGUUUCUCCUUUUCGCCAACCAUUAUGUAAUUUAGAAGAUGAAACUGUUGAGAAAU